AUUUCGAGAUAGAGAGGGAAGGGAAGGGAAAUUGUCUUCUUUUCUUUCUUUUCCCAUUGCAGUUUCUUCAAGCCACCAAAAAACCAGGAGGGAGAGAAAGCAUAAGAAGAAAGGAGACACAAAGCUCAAUCACACAAAAGCUUUGUGUAUUGUGGAUUCAGGUUUUGUGUCUCCUCCUACUAAGCAGAGAGAUCAGAGGAGAAUAUAAGGCAGAAGAAAAAGGGUGGCACUAUGGAAUAUGAAACUAACAACUGGAUUUGGGAUGGAAUGUACAACCACCCACAUGUAUUUGGCGGUCUAAUGCUGACAGCCGCCUUGCUUGGCUUGUCCACGAGCUAUUUUGGUGGAAUUACAGUUCCCCAGUUGCCUUAUUUAUGGUCUGAAUCUGGGAUCUUCCACAAGAAGAAAUGUGAUAAGAAGCGCAUUCGGGUUUACAUGGAUGGUUGCUUUGAUCUCAUGCAUUAUGGUCAUGCGAAUGCCUUGAGGCAAGCCAAGGCUUUGGGAGAUGAGUUGGUGGUGGGCGUAGUUAGCGACGAGGAGAUUAUUGCCAAUAAAGGUCCACCUGUUUUAUCCAUGGAAGAGAGACUGGCUCUCGUAAGUGGUUUGAAGUGGGUGGAUGAAGUCAUACCCAAUGCUCCUUAUGAAAUUACUGAGCAAUUCAUGGGCAGACUCUUCAACGAGCAUAAGAUUGACUAUAUCAUACAUGGUGAUGACCCUUGCCUGCUGCCAGAUGGAACUGAUGCUUACGCCUUGGCAAAAAAAGCUAGUCGCUACAAGCAAAUUAAACGCACUGAAGGUGUCUCCAGCACAGAUAUUGUAGGGAGGAUACUUGCUUCUCUAAAGGAGACAGAUGGUAAAGAUCAAAAUGGUACUUCCUUGCAAAAAUCCCCAGAAAGUCAACCCAAGAGUACCCAUUUAUCUCAAUUUCUGCCAACAUCCCGACGUAUUGUGCAAUUCUCUAAUGGAAAGGGACCUGGACCAAAUGCUCGUGUUGUGUACAUUGAUGGGGCAUUUGAUCUCUUUCAUGCAGGACAUGUUGAGAUCUUGAAGAAGGCUAGGCAGCUCGGAGACUUUCUACUAGUUGGCAUCCACAAUGAUGAGACUGUCAGUGAACACAGAGGGAAGCAUCCAAUAAUGCAUUUACAUGAACGUAGUCUUAGUGUAUUGGGUUGCCGUUAUGUUGAUGAAGUCAUCAUUGGUGCUCCCUGGGAAGUUACCCUGGACAUGAUAACAACUUUCAACAUUUCAUCAGUUGUGCAUGGGACAGUUUCCGAGUACAACUCCUCGUUUACUGGUGAGAGCGAUCCUUAUUCUCUUCCCAAGAGCAUGGGGAUUUUCAAAUUACUCGAAAGCCCAAAAAGUAUAACAACAUCAUCAGUAUCCCAGAGGAUAAUUGCAAAUCAUGAUGCUUACUUGAGACGCAAUGCCAAAAAGAAGGAGAGUGAAAAGAAGUACUAUGCACAGAAGACGUAUGUCUCAGGAGACUAGCCCGUAUGAAUUAACUAGUAAAGUUGAUCGGUACUUAUUGAAGAGCCGUGUGUUGUGGAGGCCAUAGAAGAUUGCCAUUUUGAUAGAAGGACGAGAAUAGAGGGGAACGACAUGGAAGAUUAUAUCGUCAUGAUGUCAUCAGACUUUUAUGUAGAGCAUUUUUUUUUUUCCAUUCAAUGUAUCUCUGCCAGAAUAUAGAUGAGAAUCAACAAUAUAUUAACCUCGUCAAAACCUCCUGUGCAUAUUUGUAACCAAAAUUUGUUAGGGUGUUUAUACUCCCCUCUUUUAUGCCA